AUGGACUUGCUGCAACUAAACGACGAUUGUUUGGAAGUUAUAUUUAGCUACUUAAAAUUAGAUGAACUACUGCCGCUCUACAAUGCAAUUCAAUGUUUCAAUGCGGCCAUCGAAAGACAACUCCACCGAUUUAAGGAUUUCAAAUUCACCAUGAGAACACCUCCUGUUUUCAAUGAAGACCUAUUGAUAAAACUGGGUCACCAUCUGAACAGUCUGCACAUAAACGUGGGCUACUCCACCAAGGACGAAGACAUCCUGCGAUACCUGAAACCCUUGUGCCAAGGAGCCUCCGAGACUCGCCGGAUAAAAGCCUUAAAGUUAGAUCAUGCCAAGUGGUCAUUUAAUAUGGUAGAAGCCGUGAGACAAGUGGUUCCAUCGCUGUUAUUUUUGGACAUGCGUCACUGCGAUGUGCGCGAUUAUCAGAUAGCGCAGCUCUUAGAAUCGGCAGAUAAGUUGAAGGCCCUCGCUCUACUCCAUGUGAACAACCAGACGGGUGAUUCUUAUCUGCAACCCCAAAUACUCAACAGGUUGCCAUCUCUGAAACUCAUCCACAUCACAAUCCUUGGACCUGUGCCCUUUUCACCUGAACAUCUGGCUGAGCAGUGCCCGAACCUGAGUUUCCUGAUCACUGACCUUAUCAAAAGCGAUUUUAAGAUAUAUGGUGAUCCUGUGUACAUUCAAAACUACUAUAAAUACUACAAUGAAUAUUUCAAGGCAUUAUAA